UUGUCCCGUGUCUCUCUUCUCUUCUCUUUGACUCUUCUUUGACUUUUUUUCUGCUUUUUUGGUAAUUCGGAAUGGCGAAUACGAAUCGGGGAUGUUUUAAUUGCGGUGAGCACGGUCACUGGUCGAGGGAGUGUCCUCAUCCGCAGAGGUUGGGAUAUCGGCCUUCUGUAGCUACUGGAGCUAACGCCGAGCCUAUUUUGGCUUUACCGGCGUCCGGGACAGCAUCUGCUUCGGCACAAUCGGUGGCACCGGCUGCUACCACUCAUGGACUUGUGCCUCGCACUGGGUGGUGGACGCGCAACCAGCAGAUUUUGGACAAAUGUAACGAUUUCGUUAGUAAGGCUCAACAGAAGGAGAGGGAGGAAUGGGCGGCUAAGGAGGAGGAGAGGAAGAAGCGGGAGAAGGAGGAGGAGGAGUUACGACGAAAGAAGGAACGGGAAGACUUGGAAAAGUCUAUGGGGCAAACAUUGGAGAGUAGGUUGGCACCUAUGUACGAAGCGAUCAUGGGGAAAGGGGCGGCUUGUUCUAAUCCUAAUAAUAAGGAGUUGGUGAGGCUGCGUCGUGAAAAUAUGGAACUAAGGGCAAAGUUCGGGAUCAAGGAGCAAUUACCGACUUCGGAGGUCGUUGAUCAGCUCCAACGAGAGAAUGUGGAUUUGAAAAGGCAAGAAGCUGACUCAAAGUUGAAGAUGGAGGGUGAGUUGGCUGCGUUGAAAUGGGAAAUUCGGGAACUCAAGGAGUGUAGAGGAAGUGCGAUGAAAAAUGACCUGGCAAAUCAAGUUGAAGAGCUACGAAGGGAAGUGCAACUUCUGCGCAAGCACAAUGAUGAAACAAAAGAGGUGGCCUGGCUAUGGCGCAAUGAAGCGCUGUGUCCCGGAAACAAACGGGGGAGUAUUAAUGUUGCGACUCCGUCUUCGGAAGGACGGGCAUGCACCAAAUCGCGAUCGGGGGGUGAAGGAAGCACACCUAGAGGGGCUGGCACUAAUCUCAAGGAGAGAAUGGACGAAGCAGCGAAGACGGGUUUCCAAUCUGGUAGGAGGGGGAGAGUGAAGAUGACGUCUGGCCGUCUGCCACGUCCGAGUGACAACCCUAGGAAGGCUAACGACCGCUUUGUCUUGCUUCAAGAUGAAAGGAAACGCCUCAAGGGGCUGAAGAAGAAGGGUCUGGAGGCUUUGUGUCAGGAAGAAGGAAUCCAGUAUCAAACCGUGGACUCCAUGGCUGAGGAACUGGCACAACUGUACAUCAACAAAAUGUUCAGCGAGGCUGUGGAGAAGGAGAACGGAGGUGGCACAGGCCAGCAUCCAAGUAAGGCUGCUGCGGAAGCCAGUAAUGUUGCGGAGGUGGCGGAAGUGCCAUCUGACUCGGCAUGAGGGGAUUUUCGAAACGCGACGCUAUGGGACUGUGCUAAGGAUUGUCG